GGGUGGGGGGUGAAUCCCGCCGGACAAGGAGGACUCUGAGAAGGUGUUCUCUCUGCCCUCAACGCGUCCUCUCUGAACACAACGCGCGCGAGGUGUGAGGCCGUCCGCUGCCCCUGCUCUCGUCGUGCUCUCGUCGUGGAAGCUACUGAGAUGACGCCAGGGGUGUCUGUCGAGCACUUGUUACUGUAGGUGGAUGUUCGGUGCGUCCUCGUCCUGCGCUCUCGUCCCCGCAGGUGCGUCUUCGCCCAAUCCUCCGUAGGAAGAGACCCGUGAGAGGCUAGGCCACAUCCACACACCGCAUGCAGCACUCAUGGCAACCCACCCCUCAAACUCCACGACGGCCGCACUGGUGGUCAUCUCCGUCAACGGCAACCACGGCUCCACACACGACUUUGACAACUUCGCCCUUUCGCUGCCCCAGCAAGCCGCCAACGAAACACUUCCGCCAGUCUUCCACCUGCAGUCAACUACCAGUCAGGGAUGGCAGACUCACGACGGCAUCGUCAUGAUGGCCACCCGCGCCGCAAAGGAGGCUGUUACCUGGAUGCGCGAGAAUGUACUGCCGAACAUGCCAAAGGGGGAUGGGGACGUGAGGUGUAAGUUAUACCUCUCUGUCGUAGGUCACAGUCUCGGCGGGCUCAUUGCACGGUACCUGAUCAAACUGCUACUGGAGGAUGCCUCGCCGACGAACUCGCAUACCUCCCUGCUCCAUCUUCUACCGUCGGACGAUACAAACAUCACACUACACCCAUUGACCUUCAUGACAGUCUGCACCCCGCACCUCGGCUCCCGCCGCACGACCCUCAACCACUGGACCGCCCCCUUCUUCCGCUCCAUCGUCGCCAACUACCUCAAAUUCGCCGCAGGAACCACCGGAAAAGAACUUUAUAUGGUCGACGGCGACCGACUCCCGAACACAUCCAAUGACGACGAAUGGUCCGAUGACCCCGCGGUCCCACUACUCCUUCGCAUAUCCCACCCACGAUCCACGUAUGUAGCUGCUCUCAAACGAUUUCAAAUCGUCCUGAUCAGCGCGAUACAAAACGACAUUCCCGUCGGUUACCUUUCUGCCGCCAUCACCGCCAUCCACCCGUACCCGGACCUGCUCGCACACCCAGAGAACGCAGGAGGGGUGAAGAUCGUCGGCGUGUCGGGCUUUACCGCCACAAUACCUGCUCAAAAAUGCACGCUUCUGAGCGAAUCCGAUGCCAGCAGCGAUACCCUGCGUGCGUUCUGGAUGAAGGAGUUGUUUACACAUACAUACUUGGAUGAUACGCCAAUAUUGACUCCUCAAACCGUCGAACUCGCACCCUCCGUCUACACCUCUUUCCCCACCGACCAGACGGAAACGGAAACGGAUUUCCCAUCCCUAACCCCCAUCGAUGCGCGCAAGACCACACUCCUCCUGUACACCCUGCACGCCUCCCUCCCCCCUCUCACGAUCCGCCGGAUGGACCUUGACUUCCGGCUAAGCAACCCGCUGGCGCGGUUGGCGACGCAUGCGCUUGCGGUGGGAAAGGCGGAGGGUGGGUGGUUGAAUGUGGAGGGGGGGAGGGUUGCGAGGGUAGUGGGGGAGCUGCUGGCGCGGAUUGUUUUGUUGGACUAUGUUCGGAUGAGGAGGGAGGGAGGGGUGAGGUGUAACGAGGUCGGGUAGAAAGGAGGGACGCUGGAACGAUAGGGACACCGGUUGACGACCGCCUAAAUGAGUUCUUUACCCCGCCUGCUGGUUGACACCUGCCUACCGCUACAUCACAAUCGAAGGCCACCAGGCCACUCGGACAUGUUCCUAAUUAAGACUCGACGCGACACCCCAAACUUUAUCCAUGUACAAAGUGGACAGGAACCCAAUCGACUCGA